AGAUAAUUAUCUUUUAUGUUCAGUUUAGAUAUGAAUCCAGAUCUUAUGUCACUUCAUAUUGGUGAUAGAAUACUUGAAGUAAAUGGUACACCUGUAAAAGAUCAUUCAUUAUUAGAGAUUGAAGGUCUAAUACGAUCAACAAAUAAAGUUUUACAGUUGACAAUAGAACAUGAUCCAAAUGCUAUGCAACAAAAAAGACUUUUACCUUUUCAACAACAGCAUAUACAAUUAGAUAAAGAAAGAAUUUAUAAAAAACGAGAAGAAAGUGGUGGUAGAUCACGACAGUUACGCAAAGGAAAGGGAAGCAAAGAAAGAUCCUCAUCAUUACCAAAACUUUUAGCCAGUGAAUCUUCAUCUUCAAGCAGACUUCCUUAUGAUUUAAGUAGAACGAAAUCAUUUAGAGUUGAGCCAAAACCUCACAGAAUAUUCCGUGCAUCUGAUCUUGUACAAGGGAAACUUUUGGGAAAAGGCUUUUUUGGUCAAGUGUAUCAGAUAACUCACAGAGAUACUGGGGAGGUAAUGGUAUUGAAAGAACUGUACAGGGUAGAUGAAGAAGCACAAAAGAACUUUUUAAAAGAGGUAGCUGUCCUUCGUUCAUUAAACCAUGAAAAUGUUCUACACUUCAUCGGAGUAUUAUAUAAAGAUAAGAAACUUCACCUGGUGACUGAAUACAUAAGUGGUGGAACAUUAAAGGAACUCAUUCAUAAUUUAAAUGAAACAUUGCCUUGGGAACAGCGUGUGAAUUUUGCAAGAGAUAUUGCAUCGGGAAUGGCUUAUCUUCAUUCCAUGAAUAUUAUUCAUAGGGAUUUAAAUUCUCAUAACUGUUUAGUAAGAGAGAAUAAAACAGUUGUUGUAGCAGAUUUUGGUCUUGCCCGAAUUAUAUGUGAUCAAAGCAAUCAGUAUUCUACACGUCGAUAUGGAAAAAGAUGUUCCACUAAAAAGUAUGAAAGAAAGAAAAGGUAUACUGUAGUAGGUAACCCAUACUGGAUGGCUCCUGAAAUGAUGAAGGGUAAAAAAUAUGAUGAAAAAGUAGAUAUAUUUUCUUUUGGAAUUGUGUUAUGUGAGAUAAUAGGAAGAGUUCAGGCUGACCCUGACUAUUUGCCAAGAAGUAAUGAUUUUGGUUUAAACACAGUAGUAUUUAAAGAAAAGUUUUGUGCCAAUUGUCCUGAGUCAUUUUAUACCAUAGUUUUUCUUUGUUGUGAUUUGGAUCCAGAAAAAAGACCUCCAUUUGAACAACUAGAAACUUGGUUGCAAGAAAUGGCACUUCAUCUUGCAGUUGGUGCUCCAUUGCCUCAGGAUUUGGUAAAUGAAAUAACUAAUUAUAACAAUAGAAGUUUGUCGUCGUCAUCGGACGAAUCAAUUCCAGAAACACUUUCACCAGAACCAAGAUGCCCUCCAUUACGUACCAUAAGUGAACAGGGAUUAGAUUCACCAAAUUCCUUAGCAAGUUUUAAAGACUCAUAGUUAAAGGUAUUGUGGCAACUUCACUCCUUUCCCUCAGGUAUUAUUGUAUCCUAUCUUCGCUGGAUAUUCUACCAAGCAAUUAAUUAAAAUUAUAUAAUUUCUACAAAUUAAAUCUGUAAAUAUACUUGGAGUGCCUUUUAAAAUUUUAAACUGUUAAUAUUUGUUCUUUCUAUGAAUUUUAAUAAUUCUUUCUGUAUAUAAAAUCGUACAUGAUUACGAGACAAUUAUGAUAAUCUGCUGGUCAGGUUUCAUUUAUUCUGUUGUAGUUCUACAACAGUAUUUAAAUUACAACAAAAAGUAUGUUUGCUGUUGUAAAAUUUAAUUUUUGUUACAAGAUGUGGAGACAGAGUAGGGGAGAGAACGUUAAUACAGUACAAAUAUUAAUUAAAAUGAAAGUGAUGUCAAAAUAGUCACUAGUGAUAAUUUAACUAAUAUGCAGUCACAAAUGAUAUCAUUUUAAUAAAUUGUUAAGCUCUCUAUUUAAAUAGUGUUCCAAUCUAUUUUAUUUUAUAGAUCCAUAGUGCUUUUUUUAAUCUGGAUAUUUCUAGAAAAUAAUAAUUGUCUUAGUACAAAUUUAAAGCCAUACAUUUCUUCUUACUACAAGUAUAGAUUGAAGAUUAAAAAAGUAUGUUUUACAAAUGAUAGAUAAAGCAGAAAACUAUUAAUUUUGAACCUUAUGCAUAAUUUUUGUAUUUUGUACAGUUUAGGCAUUUAUAAAUAAUCCAAUGUAAUUAGGUAAUAAUUGCCUUAAGACUUUUGUAUAUAAUGUCAAUUUAUGUAUCAUUUUAAAUAUCAAAAUUACUAUU